AUGUUUGAUCUCAGAAGUUGCUGUUUACGGGCUUUCCGGUCGGCAGUUGCGGCCGUUCAGCCGUACGAGCGUGUUAGAACUAGUUUAAAAGUGACAAAGGGUUCUUUGUCAAUUGGCGGACGAAAUUAUAAGUUGAAUCAUAAUGUGUAUCUGGCAGCUUUUGGGAAGGCAGCUCUAGGUAUGGUCCAAGGUGCUGAAGCGGUUAUUGGAGAGCACUUGGUGAAAGGGGUGGCUAGCGUUCCACGAAAAACUUUACAGAAGUUGGCUCCCGGAUCACACUUGAAAACUCGAUUAUUCGAAGGUGCAACUAAUAAUCUUCCUGACGAGGAUUCUUGUAACAAUGCGAAGAUGAUUGAGGCAAUGGCAAAAAAAUUGACUGCAAAUGAUUUAUUCCUUGUGCUGAUCUCCGGUGGUGGCUCGGCGCUUUUAUCCGCUCCAAUACCUACUGUCUCACUUGCGGAGAAGUUGGCUACUAUAAAGGCUAUGACUUCACAUGGGGCUGAUAUUACACAGCUGAAUACAGUCAGGAUAGCACUGUCAAGGUUAAAAGGCGGUAGACUUGCACUUUCCGCACAACCUGCACAGGUGGUGUCGCUGAUAAUCUCCGACAUUGUAGGAGACCCACUCAAUUUGAUUGCCAGUGCGCCUACCGUGCUAACUUCUAAUGCCGAUGUUUCUCAAAGCGAUCCUAUCGGUAUAUUAAAAAAAUUAGCUACUUGGGAUAAUGUACCAAAAAAUGUACAAAUUGCCCUUCAGGAGUCGCAGAAGUCGCAACCCCCAAAAAAGGAUGUAGAUGUUAACAACCAAAUCAUAUCUAAUAAUGAAGUUGCAAUUGCUGGUUUGGCAAAAAUACUUAACGAAGCUGGGUACAUAUGCCAUAAGGUUAGUAAUACAGUAGCAAAAAAUGCCCAAACUUUUGGGGGAGAGCUCUCAGCUAUUAUCAAGAAAGUUGUUUCAAGCGACGAUCCUGCCGAAGUGCUAAGCAAGUCCACUAUGUCUGAUAUGAACCUGAAAUGUCCAAAUAAAGAUAAGUUCGCUCUCUUGUUUGGUGGAGAAUGCACAGUAACAUUGAAAGGCAAUGGAAAAGGAGGUCGUAAUCAAGAAAUUGUCCUCAAAGCUCUAUCCGAUUUGAUUGAUAUGGGUCCCGAGGAAUUUUAUGAUUUUGCGCUUAUGAGUUCCGGGACCGAUGGACAAGAUGGUCCAACAGAAGCUGCUGGGGCUGUACUAACUAGUGAUGACUUAAAAUAUAUUAGAGAAAGCGGGCGCUGGAAGAAAGCAGAUAUUGACUCUUACUUAAAUAACAAUGACUCUUAUAAUUUUUGGAAAAAGUUCCAUGAUGGAGCAUGUCAUGUGGUUACUGGCCCCACGGGAACAAAUGUAAUGGAUGUUGAAGUUCUACUGUUCAAACGGAAAAAAUAA